AUGCAAUCCCCAUAUAAACGACCGCACCCUCCCUCUCGCGAGACUCUUAGAUCUCGGCGCGGUCGAGCCAUCCGCGAUGAAGAAAAUGCUGGGGCUCGUAGUGAUGCCACUGCGUCACCCGGAAUUGCAUGCGCAUACGGGCGUGCAGCCGCCGAGGGGUGUCUUGCUGCAUGGGCCGCCGGGGUAUGGGAAGACGUUGCUGGUGAAUGCCUUGGCCGCGGUGCGUAUUCACCCGGAGUCGCCGCUAUGCAUCCAACUUCCCAUCUACAAAGAAUUGCGCAGGAGCUCGGUAUCCCCUUGAUGAACAUGUCCGCACGUUGGCUCGUCUCCAGCGCCUCGGAAGACCCCGAGGGGCUUCUGAAACUAGCGUUUGAAGAAGCCAAGUUAACGGCGCCGUGUUUGCUUUUUGUCGAUGAACUAGAGGCUAUAACCCCAAAACCCGAGUCCCGUUCCGAUACAGAAAGUAUCCCAGAUAUGUCCUCGGAUAAGUCCGUGAUCGUCAUGAGCGCAACGAACAGACCUGAUUUGUUGGACCCGGCUCUCCGUCGCGUGGGGCGAUUCGAGCACGAGAUACGUAUGAGUGUCCCAGACGACGAAUCGCGACAGAAGAGUGUUAAAUGUGGAUACAGUCUUGCUCGACUUUGA